AUGACUUUCCCUCGGCAUUAUCAGCUCAAACGUAGCUGGAUUCACCAAGAGAAGUACAGUCUGUGCCAUGAUGUUCGUGGCAUACUGUGUGGGAAAUAUUGUGGGAAAUACUGUCGGGCCUCAGUUUUUUCGUCCCUUCUGAGAAACCCGCAUAUCCUCCAUGUCUGGCUUAGUAUUCGGUAUAUUUUUCUUGAUAUGUCUGUAUACAUCGGUAAAACCGACUACGAGACCAGCUUUAUGGAUUAUCACAAGAGAUGA